AUAGUACUGCAACAACUAACUGCUAUUGCUAUUUUAUUAAACUAUAUCUAAUAAGUAAUCAAGUGUUUUGUUGAUUUUAUCCCCGGAAAACUCGAACAAAACCGCUCCAAAAUGGGUAAAAAGCAACACCAGAAGGACAAAAUGUACCUGACCUACACGGAGUGGUCAGAGUUCUACGGUGGACACAAAGUGGGUUCGGUCGAAAACGAACAGAUCAAGUUCAAGCGGCUCCCGUUCGACCACUGCUGCCUGUCAAUGGUUCCGUUCGAGCAUCCAUACUGCGACAAGGACGGGAAUGUGUUCGAACUGCAGGCGAUUGUGGAUUUUAUCAAACACUUCAAAGUGAACCCGGUGACUGGAGCGCCGCUCGAUGGGAAAUCGUUGGUCAAGUUGAACUUUAGCAAGCAUCACGAUGGACAGUACCACUGUCCGACGUUGUUCAAACCAUUCACCAAAAACUCACACAUUGUGGUAAACGGUAAGUCGGGCAAUGUAUUCUCCUACGAAGCGAUUGAGCAGCUGAAUAUCAAGGCUAAGAAUUGGAAGGAUCUGCUGGAUGAUACCCCAUUCACUAGGAAGGAUCUGAUCACGAUUCAAGAUCCGGCAAACUUGGAAAAGUUUAACAUUAGUAAUUUCCAUCAUAUUAAGAAGAAGAUGCGUGUGGAAACGGAAGAGGAGUUGGCGGAGAAGAAGGAUCCCCAGGGCAGGUUGAAGACGAUUUCGAUGGAAACGAGAGAAAUUCUGACCCAGUUGGAGAAGGAUUACAAAGCUCCGGAGGAAAAAGCUGUCGUACAUAAGGUGGCGGAUAAAUUCAAUGCGGCGCACUACUCGACGGGAGCGGUGGCUGCUGCUUUCACAUCGACUUCGAUGGUUCCAGUGUUGAAUCAUGAGGCGGCUAUUAUUGAAGAGGAUGUGAUCCGGUAUGAACGAGUCAAGAAGAAGGGCUACGUAAGAUUCUUGACGAACUUUGGGGCAUUGAAUUUGGAGUUGUACUGCGAUCAGGUGCCGAAGACGUGCGAAAAUUUCCUCAAGCACUGCCAAACUGGGUACUACAAUGGGUGCAUGUUUCAUCGAUCAAUCAGAAAUUUUAUGAUCCAGGGUGGUGAUCCGACCGGAGUAGGCAACGGUGGAUCGUCUAUUUGGGGCAAGAAGUUCGCUGACGAAAUUCGACCGAAUUUGUCUCAUUCCGGACGAGGAAUUCUGUCGAUGGCCAACUCGGGACCGAACACGAAUGGGUCGCAGUUCUUCAUAACGUAUCGUUCCUGUCGACAUCUGGAUGGCAAGCAUACAAUAUUCGGAAAGUUGGUCGGUGGCCUGGAAGUGCUGACCGAGAUGGAGCGUGUCGAAGUGGACAAUAAGGAUCGACCAAUAGAGAACAUCUUCAUCCAGCGUGUGCAGGUAUUCGUCGACCCGUUUCAGGAAGCUGACGAAGAGCUGGCCAAUCAACGGUCCGAAGAACUGGAACGAGUGCAUCGGGAAGCGGAGGAGAAGCAGAAAAAGUCCACCCGGGCACAACCGUUGAAAGUAUUUCGCUCUGGCGUUGGCAAGUACCUGGACAAGGACGUUACCAAAAGGCUAGCAGAACCGGAACCUUCCACCAGCAGCGGAGGGUAUCCAACUCAAACAAAGAAACACAAAAAGGAAGAAGCAAUUAAUAAGUUUGGAAACUUUAAAUCGUGGUAAAUCUGUAUCUAUUUACAUCUAAAAUCUACGGCGUAAAAUAUUCAAUGUUCCGAUCCGAAC